AUGGAACCAGUAGCCGACGUAGUCACCCAGCUCGUCCUGACGGCGCUCUCAGCCGGAGGAGACCCCCUCGGAUCAAUCCUAAAGCUCUUCACCCACGUCACAAUCUCCACUAUCCGGUUCUACCUGGACCAUCGCGCGUGCAAGCACUUCCUCGAGGAUAUCAAGGACCUCUUCGUCCGCUUAACCCAGCAGGUAUACAUCGAGCCCCUUAUCCCGUCGGCACCAGCAGAUCCACAGACGGCGAAAAUUGGGUGGAUUAUGACGGCGAAGGGUACAGAAGAGCUAUUUUUCUCUGUAUAUACCGAUGUCAGCCGUGCGAGGCGACAUUUCAAUCUUACGACUGCACGGUUGGAGACCAUGGGUGUUAUGAAGCCGCUGGUUGUGAAUCUGAACUCGAAGUCUAAGGGCGAGUCUAUACGAUCGCGAUUGGGUGCUACUUGGCCUGCUCAGUGGCGGCAGGCGAUGCUGCAACGAGGAAACCCACUGCAGGGCUUACCGAUGUAUGAUAAGAGGGAUAUUAGUCGCUUUGCGCUGGGUAUGGUUCGCAAUGCUGCACGGUCUCCGGCGCAUCGCGAUCUACUCCUGGCGCGGGUCCUGGGGCUAGCGCAAUUUUGUGGGAUUGGGGAGGUUAGUCUGCCCGAUUUGAUGGAGUUGAUGGUGCAUUCUUGUUAUUAUGAGAAGGUUGCGAGGAGAUAUAUUGCAGCUGCAUUGGGAGUGCAUCAUACAGUGUUCGCCGGUUUUGCGCUAGAGUGUGGUUUACCUGAAUCCCGGGUGGGCAGUCUGCAGAAUCCGAUGGAGAAUUUUGCAGAAGUUGCCGCGUCGUUUGAGAAUGAGUUGGUGCCGAUCGGUGUCAUCGAGCGCAGAAAGGCGAAGAUCACGCGAAGCAAUGAGCUGGUUCAUGUACAGUUCAAGAUUGAUAGCUCCACGGCCGUCGUAGAAGGCGAGACGAUCUAUAUGAUAUCUGGGUGGGCAGAGGCACUCUUACACCGGCCCCAUGAUCAUCCAAGCAAGCGGUCAUUGACGAAAGAUAUGACUGUCGGUCUCGUUAAGGAUAUAGGCAAGGAGUUUCUACCCCCACCUCUGCGUUUGAAGGCGGGCAAUUUGACUCGGCGUAUCUCCCGGCGUGACAUCCACGGCAACCCGAUAUAUUUCUCAUCUGAUCUUGAAAGUGUCCGGGUCAGCAUUAAACGAAUAGCGGGGAAUAAACUCGCGGCGAAAGUUGCUCAGUUCGGCGACUUCAAGCCUCCUCCGUUCGGCGGACAGGGGGUCUUCGGCGUGCAGUGUGGCUGUAAGACAGCCGAUAAGAAUAAGAUCCUCCCCGGCGCAGCUUUCAAGGGUUACAAGCGGGAGAACAUCUUCAAAUUCCGUGCAGGUCCGCCGCUACGCAUCGGAUAUGAUGUGAUUCUAUACCAUUGGACGGCUGGCGAUCUCCCCAUGAUCUUGUUCUGGGCUGAAAGCCUCAUUAAGGGGACGUAUAUCCAGGUCGCUGGGGAGUGUAUGUACUGUGCUACGAGUCGGGCGCUGGGUAGUGGGUGUAAUCUGAUCAUCGCCGGGGGUUGGUGAGGGCUAACAUAAGUCAUUUCUAUUGUCCUUUUGAAUGGUCAUCCUCGGUCCUGCAUAGUUAUUGCCCCGAGAAGAGAUAACUUUUUGUUGGCAGAUUUUAGUGCAAGGAAUUUUAGUGGAGUAUUAGUGUAUUACUAAUCGCAAGGGGGAAGAAGCCUGAAUUUUGAAUAACUGGGAACUAGAUCUAAUUUAUACCCAAUUUACUAGUGGA